GUUUUAUUUUAGAGGGAAGAAAUAGAGAAAAAAAAAAUCAAAAUCAGAGAGGCCCUCGUUUGUAACCCUAACUCUCCAAAUUACAAUUCGUAGAGUUUGCUGCAAUUACAAGGGAAAUUCAUCUCUCUCUCUACACAUUACAGAUUACAGAUUUGAUUUUAGUUUUCUUCUCUAUCUAAAAAGUUCGAUUUCCAAUUUUGUACUUCCAGCAUCAAUUCAAGUUAGUUUCAAAGGAAAGAAAUUGAAGAAUUUUUUCGACAAUUUCAAAGAAUUGAAGAAUCUUGUGAUGGAUUCACCUGAGAGAAGUCGAAAUCAUGGAAAGAAGGAAAUAGAGGAUAGUGUGGAUGGGAAGAGAGAGAUGACUGGUGAUGAAGACGAAUUGGAGGGCAAUGGAAGGAGGAGGCAUAGGUUAAGCAAAUCAAGAAGAUCUAGUAAUGGAGAAGAAGUCGACGGAUGGGAUGGUAGUGGAAGGAGGAAGAGCGGUGACAGAAAUGAGAGUAGACGGACGUCAGCUGGAUCAACUAGAGGGGAUAUAGAUGAAGGUGAGUAUGAUGCGAAGAAGGAUUCAGGCUCUAAGCCAGCAAGGAAGAAGCAGGAGGUCAGUGCUUUGGAAAAACUGAGCAACUGGUAUCAGGAUGGAGAUUUAGAAAACAGGCUUGAUGGGGGGGAUAAGUCUGUAACGAGAAGCCAUAUUAGAAGUGAUGAUAAUGAGAGGAACACGUUAAGGAAAUCGACUUCUAAAUUCUCUGACCAUGAACCCUCUCAUAGGAGUAGUAGAAGCAGGGAUGAAAGAGCUCGUGAUGUGGAGGAUGACAAGGCUCUGGAAAAAGAUUCUUAUCAUUCAGAAAGGAGGGAAACCAGUCGAGAUAAGGGCCCUGCUUUUACAGAGGAGGUAAAGAACAGGAGAAGAUGGGAUGACUCCGAUACUUCCACAAAAGCCGAGGAUACUAUUCUCACGGGAAAAUCUGAGCCAAGAGGUGGUACAAUGUCUGAAUCCAAAAAUGAAGCCGCUCGUGAAAGAAGCACAUCUACCAGACUUGAUGCUGGUGAAGGAAGAGAGAAAGUGUUGGAAAUAACCAGCGACAAGGGUAAAUCCUACAGCAGGGAGGAAAAGAGAAUUGAUUCAGAUAGGUCCAAGAGCAGAAGAUCAGAUGCUGUAGAAGAGGAUGGUAAAGCUAGUUCUGGAACUCGUGAAGAUAAAAUUGGCAAGGAGAAAACUGAUAGGCAUAAAGAACUGAAAUCUUCUGCUCGUGAAGCUGUAGAUAAUCGGGAUAGGUCAACUAAUCUGGAAGAAGAUGUCAGUCCCUGGAUUAGGGACAAAAAUGCAAGAGAAGUUGGGCAUUCCCGACGGUCGGGAAGCCCUGAGAGGAGUGGGAGGCAUCGCCAUGAGUUGGAGAACUCGGAGAUGGAAUAUGAAAGAGGUAGCAGUUUAAAGCGCAAAGAUGUAGAGAAGGACGGUUUUAGAGAUGAUAGAGCAAAAACAAGGGAAAAUAGUUGGAGCGAUAGGAAUAGAGAAAGGGAAGGCUCAAGGGAAAGUUGGAAAAGAAGGCAGCAGCUUGGUAAUGAGAGGGAUAUGGAAUUAGUUCAUGAUCGUGACUUUCCCAGACGUGGUCGUGAUAGGAUGGAUAAUGACAGGGGUCUAGGUCGAACUGGAAAUAGAAAAGAUGGGAGGAGUGAAGCUGUCAAGGCCUCAUCAAAUUUUGGAAUUUCGACUGAAAACUAUGAUGUUAUAGAGAUACAACCGAAGCCUCUUGAUUAUGGAAGAGAUGAUCCUGGAUCUGGUUUUACUAGGAGAACAGAAGCUGUUCCACUACAUGAUCCAAAGCCAAAUAAACAUGAUGAUUGGGGACGUACACAAGAUGAUUUGCAUAGGGCUGAUGUGAAUGGAGCAACUGUCGAUGACUCGAGUGUAAAGUAUAUAGAUGAAUCUGCUUCUUUACAAGAUCAAAAUGCAUGGAGGGAUGAUGCUGAUGGUAGGGGAGGGAGACAGAGGGGUCAGCAGGGUUCUUUGUCUUCCCGAUCUGUUAGCCAAAGUUCCGCUGGUGGCUCACAGCCUCCUAACAAUCAAGAGUCAAAUAACUUUGGUAGGAUAAUUCAACAGGGUCCUAAAGGCAAUAGGCCGGGUAGAGGAGGUAGAAUUAGGCCGCCUGGAAGAGACAACCAGCAGGUCAAUAUACCAGUUCCCCUGAUGGGGUCUCCUUUUGGACAUCUUGGUAUGCCACCACCUGGUCCAAUGCAAUCAAUGAACCCUGGUUUAUCUCCUGGUCCUGGUCCUGGUCCUCCUGUUCCCCCUGGCAUUUUUGUUUCACCAUUUUCUCCUCCGGUUGUUUGGCCUGGAGGCCGGGGCGUUGAUAUGAGCAUGUUGCCUGUCUCCCCUGGUGUUUCCUCCCUUCCUCCUGGGCCUGGACAGCGAUUUCCACCAAACAUGGGGGCUCCUCCAAAUCCAGGCUUGUUUUUCAAUCAGCCAGGCCAAGGAAGAGGAGUGCCCUCAAGUGCAUCUGGCCCAGGAUUUAAUGCCAUUAUGCCUGUUAAUCGAGGAAAUUUGAAUGAUAAAAGCUCUGGUGGUUGGGUUCCUCCCAAAAGUGGUGGGCCUCCUGGUAAGGCGCCAUCUAGAGGAGAACAAAAUGAUUACUCUCAGAAUUUUGUUGACACCGGAUUGCGGCCCCAAAAUUUCAUACGAGAGCUGGAACUAACUAAUGUUGAGGAUUAUCCGAAGCUUCGAGAGCUAAUACAAAAGAAGGAUGAGAUUGUUGCGAAAGCAGCUACACCUCCUAUGUAUCAUAAAUGUGACCUUCGGGAGUUUGUGCUGUCGGCAGAGUUUUUCGGGACCAAGUUUGAUGUUAUUCUUGUUGACCCACCUUGGGAGGAAUAUGUUCAUCGAGCACCUGGUGUGACUGACCACAUGGAGUACUGGACAUUUGAAGAGAUAAUGAAUCUGAAAAUUGAGGCAAUAGCAGACACACCGUCUUUUAUAUUUCUUUGGGUCGGUGACGGCGUUGGUCUUGAGCAAGGGCGACAAUGUCUAAAGAAGUGGGGAUUCAGGAGGUGUGAAGAUAUAUGCUGGGUGAAGACAAACAAAAACACUGCGACUCCUGCUUUGCGACAUGAUUCUCAUACAUUAUUUCAGCAUUCUAAGGAACACUGUCUAAUGGGAAUCAAGGGAACUGUUCGUCGCAGUACUGAUGGACAUAUAAUCCAUGCCAAUAUAGAUACUGAUGUCAUUAUUGCGGAGGAACCUCCUUAUGGUUCCACGGCCAAGCCUGAUGAAAUGUACCGGAUCAUCGAGCAUUUUGCUCUUGGUCGUAGGAGGAUCGAGCUUUUUGGCGAAGACCACAACAUCCGGUCAGGAUGGCUGACGGUUGGAAAAGAACUAUCCUCAUCAAACUUCAAUGUUGAGGCAUAUAUGAAGACCUUUUCUGACAAGGAAGGGAAGGUUUGGUUGGGUGGGGGAGGUCGGAAUCCACCACCAGACGCACCUCAUCUUGUCCAGACAACACCUGAAAUAGAGGCCCUACGGCCCAAAUCACCUAUGAAGAAUCAGCAACAAAUGCAGCAACAGCAGUCAAAUUCCAUUUCUCUUACAACAGCAAAUUCCAGCAACAGAAGAGCCGCAGGAAAUUCUCCUCAAAACCCACCGGGUUUUAGCCUAAAUCAGGAAGCUUCUAGUUCUAAUCAUCCGGCGCCCUGGGCUCCGCAGAUGGAGGGCUUCAAAGGUCCGAACGAGAAUGUUUUCGACAUGUAUGGUUAUAACAUGCACCCGAUGCCGGCAAACGGGGAGUUUCUUGAUUUCGAAGCUCAAAGGAUGAUGAAUAUGAUGUAACGAGAUCCCGAUUGACCUUUAAAGAGUUGUCGACAGCAAGUUCUUAUUCUUUUUCAUCACGAUCAAGGAGGUGAAAACAAUUGCUCACUUGUUUGAAAACAACGUUACGAAGCAGUCAUUAUCCGUGAGUUGACAAUUUCUCGAAGGGAGUGGGUUUUGCAUUUUUUAAGUGAUCAUUUGGUGAACUUGGAUUCUGAGACAGUUACAUGCAUGAUUUCAUGUCAAGAGUGAGAAAGCAUGGUUGAAUCGAGCAAAGGAAAAUAAUUCUGCAGGAGAGCAUUUGGAGAGGCUUUUAUAAAGGUGGGUUCAUUCGGAGUACCUAUAUAUUUUGGCUGCAUGCUCUUCUGUGGGCUCGUUCGUUAUCGAUGCUGCUAGCUGAACCAUGAAUGGAGAUGGCACAACUCUCAUGAGUAUCAGAACAAAGAGCUAUUAGCUGUAAUCUCUUAAAGUGCAAAUCAAGUUUCUCAAGUUAAUUUGUAUGUGAAUUCCUCCAGUAACUAAUUUAUAGAUGAGCAAUUGUAACAAAAAUGCAAUUUUGGCCCGGCGUUGUUAUUGUAAUAUAUUGAUGCACUUUCGCCUUGGAA